AUGGAGGGCUACGACCUUGUUCUGAUUGGUGCUUUCUACGCCUACCCAACUUUCCGACAAACGUAUGGAGUCGAGAAGAAUGGCAAGUGGGAGAUACCUGCGCCUUGGCAAGCAGGUCUAGGUAAUGGGGCCCGUAUAGGCGAGAUCCUUGGUUUGCUGUUGAACGGCAUCAUCUGCGACAAGUUCGGUUUCAAGCGGACCAUGAUUGGGACCUUGAUCUUGCUCUGUGGUUUGAUUUUCGUCCCAUUUCUCGCACAGAACAUUGAGACACUGGAGGUCGCAGAAGUGUUGUUGGGUGUGCCUUGGGGCGUGUUCCAGACCCUGACCACGGCAUAUGCCGCCGAGGUCUGCCCGACUGCCCUUCGAGGAUAUCUCACCACGUAUGUGAACAUGAUGUGGGGCCUCGGUCAGCUCAUCCGAAGUGGUGUUUUACGAGCGAUGUUGAGAAGGACGGACGAGUGGUCCUACAGGAUCCCCUUCGCGCUGCAAUGGAUGUGGCCUGUCCCUCUGAUAGUCGGCAUAGCUUUCGCGCCCGAGUCGCCCUGGUGGCUAGUUCGCAAAGGUCGCCACGAGGACGCCAAGAAGUCGUUGCAGAGACUCAACACCACCGAGACUGAAUCCGGGCUAGAUGAUACCAUAUCGAUGAUGCGACAUACAAACGAAAUCGAAAAAGAACUUGACUCUGGUAUCUCGUACCUGAGUUGCUUCAAAGGCACCAACCUCAGACGCACUGAGAUCACCUGCAUUACAUGGGUCAUCCAAGCUGCAAGUGGAGCAUCUCAGAUAGGCUACGCCGCAUACUUCUUCGAGCAAGCUGGGCUACCUACCAGCAUAUCGUUCGACUUCUCCAUCACGCUAUAUGCCGUUGCUAUGAUCGUAGUGGUGAUCUCGUGGUUUGCAAUGACGUAUUCUGGUCGUCGAACCAUCUUUCUUGGUGGUCUUCUCGCACAAUUUUUCGUCCUCAUGAUGAUAGGCUUCACUAGCCUUGCGCACACCAAAGCUGCUUCCUACGGCACCGGCAGCCUCCUGCUUCUGUUCACCCUCUGCUACGAUAUAGCUGUGGGAACAGUUGCGUAUUCAAUCGUCGCCGAGAUUCCCUCUAGUCGCCUUAGGACCAAGACAAUCGUGCUCGCCAGAAGCUUGUACAACUGUCAAGGUAUCAUUAACGGGGUAAUCGCGCCCUAUAUGCUCAACCCCAGUGCGUGGAAUUGA